AAAAUGCAUAGCUAGCCACGUCCACGUCGCCGUAGCCAUUUGUUGUGUAGUUGUUACAGAAUUUGUUCAAUAUGAAUGUUUUUAGGCUGUCAGGAGAUGUUUCGCAUCUUUUAGCUAUUCUUAUAUUGUUGAUGAAGAUAUGGAAGACAAGAUCGUGUGCAGGAAUUUCGGGGAAGAGUCAGAUACUGUUUGCGCUAGUCUACACGACGCGGUACCUGGACUUGUUCACGAGCUUCAUCUCGCCGUACAACACGGCGAUGAAGGUCUUCUUCAUCGCCUCGUCCUAUGCAACGAUAUAUCUCAUCUACCUGAAGUUCAAGGCGACGUACGACCGCAACCACGACACGUUCCGCAUGGAGUUUCUCGUUCUUCCCGUUCUUGUUCUGGCUUUCGUCGUCAACCACGACUUCACACCGCUAGAGAUCUUGUGGACAUUCUCUAUUUACCUCGAGUCUGUGGCGAUUCUGCCGCAACUGUUCAUGGUAUCCAAGACAGGCCAGGCAGAGACAAUCACCUCCCAUUACCUGUUUGCACUCGGAAUGUACAGGGCACUGUACAUUGUUAACUGGGUCUACCGCUACUACUUUGAGGGCUUCUAUGAUCUGAUUGCAAUCAUUGCUGGUGUCGUUCAGACCGUGCUCUACUGCGACUUCUUCUAUUUAUAUGUUACCAAAGUUUUGAAGGGAAAGCAGUUGACAUUACCAGCAUAAAGAGACAUCUCAUCUAGAAAAACUCCAAGUAGUAUUGGUUAUGGCCAAGAUAACAUACAGUACAGUGACUACAGUCAGACACCAGGAUUGUAAGAUCAGUUGAAAAUCGAAAGAGUAAAUCGUGCAGUCUCUGUUUGAUGGUACUGUCACGCACAAUGUAGUACCACUAUGGCCUAGGUAUGCAUUUGAUGAUGACAGCUUGCCAAGAUUGCACUGCGUAUCUGUGUUUUGCUGUUCUGGAUAGACUUUUUUAAUGUAUGGUGAUUGGCAUCUAAUCAUCUUUGGUCAUCAGUUAGUGUUAUUAAUCAAUGCAAUUUUACUUGGAUAUUAGUCAAACGUGCAGGUAAUAAUUGGUAGCAACCAUAGCAGCGAAUGUACCUCUAUCAUAUGAGGCAUGCUUAAAUAGCUGAUAUGAUUGGGAAAGUACAGCUCCGGCCUUGUUGUAGCAGCCUCCACUUUAUCCAUAUGUCAUUUCUCAUCUCCUCUAUCUGAAUAAUUGCUCUCAAAUGGAUAUUGACAAGCAAUUAUUCCAGUACCUGAAGGCGAGCUAUAUUGUCUGGUGUGUUAUGUUACGUAUGAAAAAUAAGGGAUGGCUACCCUGAAAAAUGGCAACUGGCUUUGGGUAGCGUCAUAACCAUGUCGGUGAGUAACCCCUAUACGUUGUCAUGUUGUAUCAAUAAUUUGUCUCUACCAGCUUUAAUAUCUUCUCGUGUUUCUUAUCUUGCAGCCAUUUCUGGCCCUGUGUUAUUGACGUUGCAUGUACUGUCUGACUGCACUGUAUCUGUAUAUCAUAUAAACAGUGUAGGUUAAUUACUUGUGGAUUUCACAUAGACGCCAUGCAGAUUUACUUUUAAGCGCCUAAAACUUGGUAAAAUUUUAUUGCGAAUGGGAAACACACAGCGGCUUAAUAGAAGUAUCUGUACUUGGUAUUAUUUGGGAUGUCUUGGACGCAUGUGCAUUUUACAGCCAGUGCACUGUCUUACCAUGCUCUUGUUUUGAAUAGCAUGAGAUGCGUCAUGUAGGUGAAUGUCCACUGAAUGUUUCUUUAGCAUUGUAUAUAAAACUUGAAUCGACAUGGAGGCCUGAUAGAUAAAGGAGACAUACGAGCACUGAUAGUUCUAAAGAACCUAAAACAGCAUCUGGAUAUUGUAAAAAUGUAAGCGGUCAGUUAUCAUUUCUAGAAAGUGAGUCGCUGGUCUGAGACUGGGUGGCUUUUCUAGUGGUUCAUGAUUAGAAGUGGCCCAAGCUUUUAAUAUUUGCAGACGGGGAACUGAAUGGCUGCUCCUUUGGGUUAAAUGCAAUGUUCGGCAGCCUGUGUCUAAUUUCUGUCCAGUUGUUACACCUACUUGGGUUGGAAGACGUUUUUGCAAAUUUGGAUCACAUCUAGUAAUAGUCAUGUGUUUUUGUUGGAAUAGUAGCAGGUUUAUCACAAUGUUCCACGGUGUGUUUCUUAAAUAGGCAUAGUCCCAUCUAUACGUGGGACAGGCAAGGAUCAGCGAGUGGAGGGCGAGCGUGGUAGGUGAAAUACAAUUGGUGUACAUGUGCAUCAUUGUCAUGAUCAAUCGUGAGAAUCGAUAGCCAUUGUUUUCUAGUUGAUGUGCGAGUUUUCAAUAGUCUCGUUUUGAGAAAGCGAUUGAUUACACAUGGAUACAUACUUCAGCAGCACAUAAUAAGUACAGAAGUGCAUGAGCUUAUGUCAUCGUCAAUUAGUUUUGAACUCUCUGUUUCCUGUUAAAUUCGCAUCUAACUCUUCAUUGCCGUGCUAUGGCUGACAGAUGAACUAUUGAAGUUUUUAGUUUCAACAAAUUCAGUGAAAAUUUACAUUUACAGUGAAGUCAGAUUCACAAAUUUACAUUGGCAGAUAAAUUUGCUAUAAGUGUUACAAUGGAAUGGAAACUAUUCAUUAAAAAAUAUUUUUGUCGACAUCUUUGGUGAAACUGGUGGUUGCAGUUGGCCCUCAUCCUGGCUCUUGGGUAUCCUUCUAAACUAGUGUUGCCCAGUGAAUGCACUCCUGAUGUAGUUACAAGCAUACACUCAGAUUAAAACCUGGGGUUUAUUAGUUCAUCGUAUUUCACUAUUUAGCAAUCCGGAAAUCACUCGCACAUGUGGACCAUGUCGCACCGGAUCUAGUAUUCUGUUUUGCAACAAUUCAUUUACUGGUGUUGUCCUAGAUUAUUUUAACGUUUUUGUCAUUUUGAUACAGUGGUAAAUAUAUUGUAUUGGGAGUAUCGAAUGGAGCUGUUGGUAUUGCAAGCAAUGCCUGGAGACUAGAAAGGAAAACUUUCUAGAGAAAAGAACAGAAUUUCACAUUUUAGUUAAUGGGAGAAAAGCCUGCUUAGAUGGAUGGACAAGUUCUACUGAAGGGAGGCAAUUCGUCGGUAUAUUUUGUAUAUAGCAUACUAUCGUUUACUUUUCAUGAAAUAUUCAUGGGCCUUUUGAUGAUUUCCACGCAUGUGUUAGAUGCUAAGAGCUGGUUAGAACAUCAAAUGCUACACUUGUCUAUUAAGGUAUAAAUGUAAACAGUACUACUAAAAUUGAAAAUUAAUACAUUAUCCAGACGUGUUGCUGGGUUAUAUUAUUAUAAAUGUA